GAAAAGAACUGAAUCAUUUUCUUUCUCGCAAUAUAAUACCUCUGUUUACGUUCCUCUCUCUUAUAUUAUUUAAAAUAAACAAAACUAUCAUGAUUUCUUAUUUUCCCAAAUCAUUUUAUGUCCUUCUGCUGCUUUCUUUGCUUGCCUCAGGAAUUAGUGUGAAAAUGAAGAACUCAAGUGAAAGUGGUGAAGCAAAGUGCACAGAGAGGGAGAGGCAAACACUCCUCAACUUCAAAGAAGGUCUCAUAGAUAACUUUGGCAUGCUCUCCACUUGGACCAAUAAUACAGAUUGCUGCAAAUGGAAACGCAUUCAAUGCAACCAUGGUCAUGUGCAACUGCUUGAUCUUCAUGGAAACUACCACUAUAGACAGUAUUUGAGAGGUGCAAUCAAUGCCACUUCAUUCAUUCACUUGCCAUUUAUUCAACAUCUAGAUCUCAGCGGUAAUUAUUUUGCACUGAGUUACAUCCCAGAGUUAAUGGGCUCCAUCACCAACUUAAGAUAUCUCGAUCUCUCCCGUUCUGAUUUUGCGGGGAGGAUUCCUUCAACACUUGGAAAUCUCUUACAACUACGCUAUCUAGAUCUUGGGAAAAAUCUUCUUUGGGGAAAAAUUCCCAUUGAGAUAGGGAAUCUGAAACACUUACAGUAUCUCGAUCUUGGUCUAUUCUAUCUUUCCGGGAAAAUCCCAUCUCAAAUUGGGAAUCUUAGAAAGCUACAGCAUCUCACUCUAGGAAGUAAUAGUCCUCCAUAUAUAAGGAAAGAGCCAAAGUAUAUUUCAAAAUCUCUUUCUGGAGUAAUCCCUUUUCGCAUAGGGCAUCUUCCAUUCUUGCAUACUCUCCGACUAGUUGGCAAUUUUGAUAUACAAGCUAAAGAUGCAAAAUGGCUGUCUACUCUCCAUUCCUUAACCAUUCUUAGGCUGAGUUCAUUGCACAGUCUUAAAUCCUCUCACCAGUGGCUGCAAACUAUCAGUAAAAUCAUUCCAAACUUAACAGAGUUGAGGCUAGUUGAUUGUAAUCUUCUGGAAAGUGAUAUUCAAUCUUUGUUCCCUUCUCACUCUUCAAAUAAUUCCACCUCUCUUACCAUACUAGAUCUGUCUUCUAAUAUGUUGCCAUCAUCAAUACUUCAAUUCUUGUUUAACUUUAGCCUUCAUCUUCAAGAGCUUUAUCUUUCUCACAAUAAUAUAACUUUGUCACCUUCUCUGUGUUCAAAUUUUCCAUCUCUUAAGGUCCUCGAUCUCUCUUACAAUAAUCUUGCAUCAUCAAUGUUUCGACCUAAUUUUAAUAUCAGCUCCAAACUAGAAGAGCUUUAUCUUGAAAAUUGCAGUCUUAUGGAUAGAAAUUUCCUUCUUUCAUCUACUUCUACAAUGAAUUAUUUGUCCUCACUUAUGUUACUUGAUCUCUCCAAUAACUUGCUAAAAUCAUCUCCAAUGUUUUACUGGCUUUUUAACUUCACCACCGAUCUGGUUUCCAUUGACCUUGAUGGUAACUUGUUAGAAGGUCCAAUUCCAGAUGAAUUUGGGAAAGCGAUGAACUCUCUUGACUAUCUUUCUCUCUCCAAUAACAAACUCCAAGGCAAGGUUCCGUCUUUCUUUGGGAGGAUGUGCAGAUUACAAGUAUUGGACCUCUCAAAUAACAAGUUAAAUGGUAAAUUUCCGACCUUCACAAAAAAUUCUUCAUGGUGCAGCAGACACAUAUUUCGGAGCUUUAACUUAUCUUAUAAUCAAAUUACUGGUAGGAUACCCGAGAGCAUCAGACUGCUAUCUCAGUUGGAAACUUUAUCGUUGCGAUGGAAUUCUUUAGAGGGUGAUGUCACUGAAUCUCAUCUUUCUAACUUUUCCAAAUUAUAUCUCUUAGACUUGUCGCAUAACUCAUUGUCGGUAAAAUUUGGCUCUAGCUGGGUUCCUCCUUUUCAAUUAAAGUUCUUGUUUCUUGCAUCUUGCAAGGUAGGACCCAGUUUUCCUAGUUGGAUCCAGACACAAAAUUCCUUAAUCCAACUAGAUAUAUCUAAUAAUAGGUUGAAUGAUUUCGUACCAGAAUGGUUUUGGAACAAGUUGCAAAUGUUGUACAGUGUGAAUAUGUCUCACAAUAAUCUCAUUGGUUCAAUCCCUGAUAUGCAAUUAAAGCUUCCUUUCAGACCAUCUAUAUUUUUAAGUUCAAAUAAAUUUGAGGGAAAAGUUCCAUUAUUUUUGCUACAAGCUUCCGAGUUGUUACUCUCUGCAAAUAAAUUUUCAGAUUUCUCAUGUGGAAACGUCACAGCUGCAAACUUGGCCACUUUAGAUUUAUCAGAUAAUCAAAUAAAGGGGCAACUUCCAGAUUGUAUGAAAUCAACAAAUCGAUUAUUGUUUCUUGAUUUAAGUAGUAAUGAAUUGUCAGGGAAGCUUCCUAACUCUAUGGGCACCCUUGUCAACUUGGAAGCUUUGGUUUUACGAAACAAUAGUUUGACGGGUGAAUUGCCUUCUUCUUUGAAGAAUUGCAAGAGAUUAAUUAUGUUGGAUGUGAGUGAGAAUAUGUUUUCAGGUCGAAUACCAGCAUGGGUUGGAGAAAGCAUGCAGCAAUUGAUAAUCUUGAUCAUGCGAGGGAAUCAAUUCUCUGGAAAUCUUCCCCCUCAUAUAUGUUAUUUGAACGAUAUUCAAUUGUUGGAUAUUUCUAGGAAUGAGUUAUCAGGAGGAAUUCCAACUUGCUUAAACAAUUUCACUGCAUUAUCUCAAAACACCGUCAACAAAAUUGAAACUGAAAGUCGUGUGUAUUGGUACAAUAGUACUUACUCUGAAACUUAUAAUUUUUUCAGUUGUAGUUAUUAUUCAUUUCAUAUAACAUGGAUGUGGAAAGGUGUGGAACAGAAAUUCAGACGUCCAGAAUUAACUCUUCUGAGCAUUGAUCUCUCAUGUAAUAAUUUAAUUGGUGAAAUUCCGAAGGAGAUUACAUACUUGCUGGGGUUAGUUUCUUUGAAUUUAUCAAGAAACAAUUUGAGGGGAGAAAUUCCUUCCAAUAUUGGAAAUUUAAGUUUACUUGAAUCCCUUGACUUGUCAAGAAAUAAAUUAUAUGGGAGAAUUCCUUCUUCUCUUUCCCAAAUGGAUUUUAUCCAAAUAUUAGACUUGUCACACAAUUCUCUUUCUGGAAGAAUCCCAUUGGGGAGACACAUGGAUACAUUUGAUGCCUCUAGUUUUGAAGGAAAUGUUGAUCUUUGUGGGAAACCACUUGAAGAAAGUUGUCCUGGAGAUGAGACAGUGACAAAGUCUAAAGGAGAAGAAGUCGAUGAUGAAGAUGAUAAUUCAGUUUUCAAUGGAGCAUUAUACAUGAGCUUGGGGAUAGGAUUCUUCACAGGCUUUUGGGGCUUAUUAGGUCCAUUACUACUUUGCAAACCAUGGAGAAUAACUUAUCUGAGGUUCUUGAACAGACUAAUAGACUAUCUAUUUGUAAUGGCUGAAGUUAACCUAGCAAAGCGCCAAAGGUAGAUCAAAGACUAACAGAGUGCAAAAGGUGGCUCAAAAACUAGCUGCACCAAAUUUGCAGUUUAUAAUGAUUUGCUUCAAGAGUUCAUUAUGAGAUGAGCAUUACAUAUUGUUGGCAGUGUGAGAUCUGGAGGUUGAAGUUUCAUGCAGCAAUGAUCUGAUAGUGUGUGGCUGUAUAAUCUAUAAUGUAAAUCUAAUUUUAAGCCAAGAAUUCGAGAUAUCCCAAUUUGUAUAUGUAAGAACAUGGGAUAUCUCAAAAAUUUGUAAUUCAGAAUCCAUUGAAUCUCUUCUUUUAA